CCAAUGGGCUCGGCUUCAGAUGACACCAGGGAGCACCUGCUGGACGUGGACGGCGGCCUCGCCGGCGGCGGGCCCAAGAUACGGGUGCGCGGGCUGCGGCGGCGGUCGGAGGCGACCGGCCAGGACAUCCUGCGCGGGGUGGACCUGGACGUGCCGCGCGGCGUGGUCAUGGGCGUCAUCGGCCCCAGCGGCAGCGGCAAGUCCACGCUGCUCCGCGCGCUCAACCGCCUCUGGGAGCCCGCGCCGGGGGCCGUCACGCUCGACGGCGCCGACAUCUGCGGCGUCGACGUCCUCACGCUCCGCCGCAAGGUCGGCAUGCUCUUCCAGCUCCCCGCCAUGUUCGACGGAACCGUGGCCGACAACGUGCGAUACGGGCCACAGCUGCGUGGCAAGAAGCUCACCGAUGCAGAGGUGAAGAACCUGCUGAGCCAGUCCGACCUCGACCCGGCCUUGUGCUCUAGGCCCGCGUCGGAUCUGUCCGUUGGCCAGGCGCAGCGGGUCGCUCUCGCCCGCACCCUCGCCAACGACCCGGAGGUGCUCCUGCUGGAUGAGCCGACGAGCGCGCUGGACCCGAUAUCGACGCAGAACAUCGAGGAGGCGAUCGUUCGGCUGAAGCAAACGAGAGGGCUCACCACAGUGAUCGUCUCCCACAGCGUGAAGCAGAUCCAGCGGAUCGCAGAUCUGGUGUGCCUCGUGGUCGACGGCGAGGUCGUGGAGGUGCUCGCCCCAUCGGAGCUGUCUGAAGCCAAGCAUCCCAUGGCCCGGCGCUUCCUGGAGCUCAGCUAGCUGAAUGUUGAUCGCCCAGUGUACUGUGGAGUUUUUCGACCUUUGCUUAAUUCGCAUACGCAGCUGUAAUCAUGACCUGUGAGGACUUGGCUAUGAUGAAAAGAGAACCAGCAAAUCCCACUAAACCAUACAGGAAUAAGAUAUGCAUAAGUGCAUAACAAAUCAGCAUCUUAAUUCUGUAGAUAAGCAUAUGGUGUUGUCGAGGUGGUGCUACCAUCUCACGUCCUAGCACUUUCUGAACUUGACUAUGUUCCAAGCAAGUUCGACUGUCCAGGCAAGGCAGAAUGGCAAGAUUCGGUACACAAGAUA